UUCUUUGGCUAUCCCCCCAACUAGGCAGACUCAGCCUUAGCCCCUCUUCAGAGGACAUCCUUUCACUAACAUCUUCAAGAAACAUCUGAGUGCCUCUUCAGUUAUUCGGUGGCUUACCAUCAUGAAGGGUGUUAGUGUACUUAUUUUUAUAGGGUUGUUGGGGUGCACGUGCUCCCAAUUCCUCAACCACCGCCCUUUCCCCACCUACAGCCUGGAAAACAUGCCCGACACCCAAUUCACCUGCAGGGAUAAGAUCCUCGGUGGCUACUACGCCGAUGUCGAGACCAUGUGCCAAAUGUUCCACAUUUGCGUAAAAGUCGCCGGAGUCGGAGUGCAAGAUUUCCGCUUCCUGUGUCCCAACGGGACGGCUUUCGACCAAGACCAUCAGAUCUGCGCCGAAUGGGAGGAUGUCGACUGCGACGUAUCCACAUUGUAUUAUUCUAGCGAUAACUUCGACCUUUACCGCAUCGGAUCAGGUUUUGAGUCAAAGGCGGUGAAAUAUGGUGAAGAUGAAGAAACUUUCGCUCUACAACGCGCAGAAUCUGGUGACGCUAGACUUAACCGAGACCAUCAGACCCAAAGGGUGAAUCAACAGAAAGAUCAACUUAGAAAGAACAAGCCACAAAGUAACUUCAACAAUAAUAACAACAACAACAACAACAACAACAACAACAACAACGACAGAGAUAUCUUUAAAGGUUCCAGCAGCUCUAACUUCUUCAACAACAGAAACGGUGGUAAAGAAACCGACGACGAUUAUGAUGACAAUGUCAAUGUUAACCAAAAUAAUGACAAUUUCCAAAAGAAGAAGGUUUUGAGAAAGCAAAAUAGAAGACCUGUGCAAAACGACAACCAAUUUAACAAUAAUAACAACAAUAACAACAAUAACCAGUUUAACAACAACAACAACAACCAGUUCAACAACAACCAACAAACUCGAAGACCGGCCCAAAACGACAACAAUCAAAACCACAACCAACAAAACAGAAGACCCGUCCAAAACGACAACCACCAACAAAGACGACCAGCACAAAAUGACAAUAACAAUCAAAAUUACAACCAACAGAGUCGCAGACCUGCUCAAAACGACAACCAGAGUGGAAAUCGCCAGCAGCACCACAGAGGAAAUCACAAUGAUAAUCAAAACAAUCGUCAACAAAGUGAUUCUCAAAACAAUCGCCAGCAGAACGAUUACCAGAGCAAUCGUCAACAAAACGAUUUCCAAAGCAAUCGUCAACAAAACGAUUUCCAAAGCAAUCGUCAACAAAACGAUUUCCAAAGCAACCGUCAACAAAACGAUUUCCAAAGCAAUCGUCAACAAAACGAUCAUCAAAACAACCGCCAGCAGUCAAGCAGAGGUCAAAAUAACAACAACCGCCAGGAGCAGAGUAACAACAACCGUCAGGAACAAAAUAACGAUUCCCAAAACCGUCAAGUCGAAGCACAAACCUACAGACCACACCGUCCUACUGGAUUUGUUAACAACUUUGCUGGAAGUAGCUACGUGCCAACGACUCAUCGUCCCGUUUCUACUACUAGUCUUGCAGAAACUAAUAAGCCGAGAAAUGGGCAAAAUCAGUACAACGAUAGACAAUACAAUAACGCUGACAGCUUCAGACAAAAUCAGAAUCCUCCUACUCCUUCUUACACCAUAAGUACUCCAGCUCCUUUCAAGCAGUCUCAACAGUACAAUAGUCCUCCUAAUAGACAAACUACCCAGUACAACAACGGUCAGUACAAUCCUACUACUCAAGCUCCUCAGAAGGAAACGGAGAAUUACCCUACCAAUUUCCCUAAGCAAUCAUACAACAAAGCUACUGAGAAUUACCCAAGUUCUAGAUUUACUCAGAAGCAGACGGAGAACUACCCUACUCCAGCUCCAAUUAACAGGAAUAGUCCGUUCAGUACGCAGUAUGAUAUCCCGAAGGUGAAAUCGACGGAAAACUAUCCUACUCCAGCUCCGGUUAACAGGAAUAGUCCGUUCAGUAAUCAGUAUGAUAUUCAGAAAGUGAAAUCGACGGAGAACUACCCAACCACGGCUGCACCUAGUAGGAACAACCAGUUUAAUAAUCAGUACAACAAUGGUGCUAAUAGUAAGUCAUCGGACAACUACGCCACACCAGCACCAGCCACUAGGAAUAACCAAUUCAAUAAUCAGUACAAUGCUCCUAAGAGUAAGGCAACUGAGAAUUACCCUACACCAGCUCCGGCUAACAGGAACAACCAGUUUAAUAAUAAUAAUAAUCAGUACAAUAAUGCUCCAAAGAGUAAACCAACAGAGAAUUACCCAACUCCAGCCCCAGUCAGUAGGAACAACCAGUUUAAUAAUCAAUACAACAACGCCCCUAAGAGUAAACCAACGGAAAAUUACCCCACACAAGCUCCUAAAGUUACUCAGUACAACACUCACUACGACAUUCCAAAAGUGAAACAGACCAAACAGGAGAACUACCCAACUACUCCUUUCAAAAACGAUUAUUCGACCCAAUUUAAUAAGAAGGCUACAACACCUGUCAAACAAACCGAGAACUACCCUACCACUUUUGCUCCCAAAUACAACAAAGCUCCUACUCAGUCACAACAAUUUAACAACAACAACAACAACAACAACAACAACAACAACAAUAACAACAACAAGAACAACAACUACCCAUCAACGUUUUCGCCACGCACGAACUCUGGUUAUACCCAAAUUUCGCACCAGACCACACAGUACAACAACCCGACUAACAACAACCAACAACAACAACAACACAGUACUCCCAGAACUACUCCCUUCACCCAAUACACUCCCACAGUACCUAAAAUCUCCUCCACGACACCAGUAGCUCGUUCUAACCGAUAUGACGAAACCCAGUACGAUGAUGGUUCCUACAACUCCAAGUACGACAAGAAUGACGACGAGUUCUUGAAGACGGCCCACAGUCAAAAUAUUGCUAGCAGCAGGAACGAGUACUCAAAAACUACCAAGAAUGUUUCUCCUUCCACGCAAAAACCCCAUUUUGAGAGUCCCAGACCGUUUUCUGUAAGCUCGAACACACCCAAGGUUACAGAUUACCCUAAGUCGACUCCUAGGCCAGUAGAAAACAAGGGUAACACGAGUAGUAAGAAAGUUAAAGAUGCCAGUUACGAUUAUGCGUACUACGAUUCCAAUGUGGGAAGUGAGCCAGAGUACGAUAUCGACACAGAAAUCAAAAAAGCCAAUGUGAAGAAUUAGGGUAGUUGUAGUUGUUUAGUUGUUUUUAAGUCUGUUUUAAUUUUAUUUACUUCUCAAAUGUGAACAGUAUUUUUAUAUGAAAUCGGAGAAAAUUUUAACUUUAUUCUAAGGUUGUACAUAUUGUAUUUUAUUAAGAUGAAUAAAGUACUGUUAUUUAAAUGUUAUUAGCAGCAGUUAUGAAUAAACGCUGAUAAGACAA